AUGACAGACGUGGCUAAGAAGGUUCAGGACUACAAGGACUCCCUCAAGCAGAAGGCUGAACACCUUAUUAUAAAAGGAUUUCCAGAGAAAAUUGUCAAAUUGAACGAACUUCUUGAAACAUCACAUUUCCAAAAUCGAGAUCUUUCUGAUGUCCAUCAGGAAUUAAACAUUCCAGUACCUCCACCUGUUAACACAAAUUCACAAGAUGAGCCAUCGGCUAAACGACAGCGUUUAGAUACAUCUGAGGUAUCUAGUGUGAUGACUGUUGAGGGCACUAUGGUUUAUGCCUUGCCUAAUGGUACUGUACCAUGUAAUAAACCUAUAAGUGACCUUAUACAUCUCGUGAAACCACACAUUAGGGAACUAGUUGAAGAUUCAAACUUGCUUAAAAUGUGGAUAUCAUUUAUGAUCCCAAAAAUAGAAGAUGGUAACAAUUUUGGUGUUUCAAUACAAGAAGACACUCUAGCAGAGAUUCAGUCGGUAGAAUCUGAGGCGGCUGCUUUCUUUGAUCAAAUCUCACGGUAUUUCAUUUCAAGAGCUAAGAUUGUGUCAAAGGUUGCUAAGUAUCCACAUAUAGAAGAUUACAGGAGAGCGGUUCAAGAACUAGAUGAGAAGGAAUAUUUGUCAUUAUGGCUGGUCAUGUGUGAGAUCCGCAACCGUUAUUGUUCUCUACACGAUAUUGUCAUUAAGAAUUUAGAGAAAAUUAAGAAGCCGCGUUCAUCUAACGCUGAAUCUUUAUACUAG